GGGGCAACCUCGAAAGAUUUUAAUAAAUUGAAAAAAUAUAGGGGAAGAAAAUCGAAAGAGGAGAAAGACCUAGAAGAUCAAACCAAAAGAGAGGUUCCGCACUGAAACAGGUUUACUAAUAGAUAUGCCUAAAUCCAAUUUCGGGAAUACAAAUGAUGGAAAUACUAGCAGAAAGUUCUUUGAGAAUCCCACAUUAGCUGCAGAAAUAACUGGCAUUAGCUAUAAACUGAUAUACAGACUAAAAGUCAUAAUGGAAGGAAUUUCAAGCGGAUUUGAAAUUGAUCCGGUAACUUAUGAAAUAUAUGCUUCAGAAACUGCUCGACUUUAUGUUAAGUUGUAUGAUUGGCAUCCUAUGACGCCAACAAUGCACAAGAUUUUAGUGCAUGGUGCAGUCAUUAUUGAAAAGGCAUUGUUACCAAUCGGACAGCUUUCCGAGGAAGCAGCUGAGGCUCGCAAUAAACAUUUCAGAAGCUACGGACAAGAUUUUGCGAGGAAAUUUUCCUGGGAAAGUUGUAAUUAG